AUGUCUCCACCUUUGUGUGGGCUAUGGCAGUCAAAGCUCGGAGGCCGGUAUGAGUUGAGUGGUAAAGAAGAGCCAGAGCCAGAGCCAGAGCCAGAGCCAGAGCCAGAGCCAGAGCCAGUGCCAGUGCCAGUGCCAGUGCCAGUGCCAGUGCCAGUGCCAGUGCCUAAGGCCGUCAUUUCGAUGGUUCAGACGCCGACGAUGGAAGUUAACAAGCACAGGAAGUUGAUCAAUAAUUUGGACGAUGGCUGUUUGAUGCAUAUUUUCACCUUCCUUUCCCCCAUACCAGAUCGGUAUAACACCGCCCUCGUUUGCCACAGAUGGCGUUACUUGGCAUGUCAUCCGAGGCUGUGGCUGCGAGUAGAACGAUCUAUUAAAGAUUUGUCCGAGUCUGGAGUUUUCCCAACCGUUGAGGCAGCUGUUGCUGCUGCUAGGCCUGGGGACACCAUACUAAUUGCAACAGGUGGAGUUCAUUCUGCCUCUAACAUUCAAAUUACAAAGCCACUUUGCCUGAUUGGUGGAGGUGAACUUCCUGAGGAGACAACACUUUUCUGUAGUCGUGGUUCGGAAAGUGCUUUGGAGUUCCUCUGUACCAGUAAACUCUCUAACUUAACAGUGAAGGCAGAACUUGGUUGCUGCUUGCUUCACAGAAAGGGAAGAUUAAUUAUUGAUGGAUGUGUUCUUCAAUGUGAGUCAAACCCUUUGGACUACCUAUCAUGCCCCAUUGUUUGUACUGCAAGUCCCGAUAGCCUAUCGUCUUCCUCGGUGAAAGGCGGUUAUACAGAUGGCGUUUCUGUUUCACAAACCCGCAUCGAGGGUGGUGCCAAAGCUAUCCUAACGAGCGAGGACCUUGCGUUACAGCACGUUCGAGUUAUUUAUGCUCGAACAGCUUUGUUCUUUUGGUUUGACGUCGAACACAAGUUGCAAUAAUUUCCUUGUAAUCCAUUAGCAAUGUGUAUCUGUUUCAGCUGGUUAAUCCUUAGGUAUAUAUUGGUGAUUCUUUAACUUGUAUGAUACUUCUGUUUAGGCUCGUCACAUAAUCGGUUUCGCCCCUAAAUCUUUCGUGGUCGCUUUGUUUUUUAUUCUUAACGUUUGGAGCUCCGAUAUGUAAUUAUUUCGAAAAAAAAAUGAUCGUCUUAGCUUA